AUCAAAACCGUCACGACGACCGGCCAUCCUGCGCUGGGGCAGCGAUCACUCGUCGCCCGUAAGCGCCUGGAGCCUAAAUCCCUAUUGCUACCGUACCUUGGCAUCACGGCGUGCGCGCACGAGGGGAGCGACUAUGACCUGAGCCUCAUGCGGCUGAGCGCGAGCGAUGUGCGGAACCCGUUUGGCGCGCAUGCUCUACAAGGCGAGGAGGAGAAGGCGCUGCACGUCUCCAUCGGCGUCGAUGCUGCUCAGGCUGGGAACGCUGCGCGCUUCGUCAAUGACUUUCGCGGAGUGGCUGCCGCGCCUAAUGCCGAGUUCCGUCUGGGGAGGGGAGAGGAGGGCGAGGCCCGCAUGGAAGUGUGGAGUACGCGGCGGAUCGAGAAGGGCGACGAGGUGCUCGUUUCGUACGGGAAGGGCUGGUGGGGUGCGCGGAAGUAG